UUCAUUGUAAACUUCCGGUCUAUCCAACGUGAAGCCGGUUACAAGGUUAAAAGAGUUACAAUAUUGACUCCUCAGGUGCAUAUAGGCCUAGUGCUCGGACACAAUGAGUCUCUGCAUAAGAAAAACUGUGCAUUUUCUUGGUGCAUUUGUCAAACUGUCUAGAACGGUAGCAUUAUCGAAAACAAGCAAUAAGCAUGUGUCAUACGUUUUCAGCAAAAGUGUCCAUACCGGGGACAAUGCUGAUGCUGAUCUGGAGAACAGAUUACUGGAACAGUGGUGCUGUGGUGUUGGACACUUUGGGAAACUGAAACUGAAUAUCCCGUUUGAUACACACGUGUCCUGUCUAGAUCCCCAGCUGUAUCCUGAAAUGAAUAAAGUUAUUAUAAAAAUGGUGUAUACUGGUGCAGAAAUCCCAUCGAAAGAUGAUCGACAUGAGUUUUUAUCGGGCUUAACAAAGAUGUACGAAUUGAAAUUUGACACCCACCACAGUAUGUGUCCAGAAGAAAUCACUGUUGACGGGCGAUUCAAGGCAGCAAGACUACCAAUUCUGUGUCAAUGUAAUAUACCAGUUAAAUUUGAUUUGGAUGUAAACUGCAGCACGGGUAAAGCUGUUAUACAGGGGAUGGAGAGCGACAGUAUCAAUGUGAAGGCUAGGUCAUGUACCUUUAUUAGUACCAAGAGUGGUUCUGUUUCAGCUGAGUGUGAUGAUGGCGACCUUGUCUGUCAGAAUCUUCUCCAAGGAAACAUCAACCUCAAUGCUAAAGGCAAUUCAAGCAUAUUAACAGAUAGACUUCAGGGAACCAAGAUCAUGUGUUUAACAGAGAAAGGCAGUAUCACCUGCUCAUCUGUGUACUGUAGUAGGGCAGAAUUUACCAGUCACCAUGGAAACAUUAAACUAACUAACUGUCACGCAGAUACACACGUUACAGUUCCAGAGGGAAACUUAACAAUAGAUUCAUUAGAAGGGAAUUUGAAUGCUGAUGUUCAGAAAGGAUCAUCUGAUAUAUUUAUAACGAGGCCAGAGAAAGUUAUGGUGAAAUCUGAAACAGGUAAUGUAAGUAUAAGAGUAGACAAGACCAUAAACUCUGAAUUUGAGCUACAAGGUAAAACAGUAGAAGUUGAUGACACACUGGAAUUCAAAGAGGAGAGCACAACAGAAAGAAAUCAAAAGAAACUUGUAAAAGGUUGUAUGAAUGGAAGCCAGGCUAUGAUAUCUGUGGAAACCUCAGAAGGAUGUGUACAGGUUAAACAACAGGACUGGUUCCAGUCCCUUAAUCUCAAGUUCCAGUCUGGAUAAUGUAUCGGACAAUUAACAGUAUUAAAUCAUGUUAAAUUAGAAUAAAACUUUUCUUAUUUGUUUGAAAUUUAAGAAUGUGCUAUUUCAUGCUAUCUCUAUACUGGUACUGACAUUUGUGAUUUUGUGUAUCUUAAAAGUUUGGUUCCUCAAAUAUGGUGUUCUGAU